AUGUCGAUGAAAUGUUCCAUUAAUGUUGAGGUUGCCGAGGAACACGUGGCACCUAAAUCAAAAUUCCGAUUUGCAUUUGAAGAGGUUGAAUUAUCCGACGAUGAAGAAGAAGAGGAUCAAGAAAAGCAUUUGAUAGAGAAUGAGUUUGAAGAUUUUCUACAAAGUAUCUCAAUCUCUAAAGAAGAUGUGGUUGUCACACCUUCUGCUGUGACUGAAAGAGAUUGUGACUCAACUGUGCAAUUGUAUUCACCUACCCCUGAACAGAUGGAUGCUCUUAUUGCUGAUCUUCAGCGAACUGCGAGGAAGCCUCCCCAAACAGUUCCUGUUACAACUGAACCUCCAUCUGAGAGUGAUCAAGAUGAUUCAGCUCACGUUCUACUCCUGAGGAAAAGAAAAAGAAUAGAUUCAAGACCUGGAGUGCUUAUCACAGACUCUGUUCAAAAUUUAUCUACUCCGAUUGAAUCUAGUUUUGUGGCCCAAAACACUGAAAACACAUUCUCUGAGUCCUAUCCAGUGAUGCAAGAGAUUUCAAGCCCGUUACCUGAAUCCACACUUAACAUAGUUUUUGAUUUGGAACAUAGCUCAGCUGAAAAGGAUUUGAUUAUUGGAAAGCAGGAAAUUAGAAUCAAUGAUCUUGAAAAGGAGAACUCCAUUAAAGAUGCAAAGAUUUCAGAACUUCAAGCAAAUCUUGGUGGUCUAACUGCUUUAUUCUUUGACCUGAAACAAUGCUUACAUCAAAAGUUUGGCGAUGAUUUUAAACCUUUAAGCGCUGAAGGAGAAAAGACUUCUGCUUCUAGUUCUGGUCCAACCAAUUCAACUUCUCAACCUACAAGUGAAAGAGUUGUAAGACCUUCUUCAGACGCUAAUCUUGACACAUUUUUAUCUUCUGGUCCCUCUCCUUCUCAAGAAAGAAGAGAGAAUAAAAUCAGGAUUGAGUAG